AUGGAAGGAGCUGAAGAACAUGACAUUGUGAUAGUUGGCGGCGGGAUUUCCGGCCUUGCCACUGCCCUUGCCCUGCACCGAAAAGGUAUAAAAAGUGUGGUUCUUGAAAGAGGAGAUAGUUUGAGAAAUGAAGGUGGAGCUAUUGGAAUCUUAGCCAAUGGUUGGAGAGCCCUUGAUCAACUUGGCCUUUCUGUCUCCGACCACCUUCGACAAACUGCGGUUCUUAUUCAAAGAUCUGGUGAAACUCGAUGCUUGAAGCGUGGCUAUCUUAUUAACACACUUGCAAAUGCUUUGCCAUCUAAAACAAUCCGCUUUGGUUGUACUGUUAUCUCUGUUGAAUUUGAUUCCGCCGUUACUGUUCUUCAUCUUCUUGGUGGAAAAACUAUCAUAGCCAAGAUAGUAAUCGGAUGUGAUGGAAUCCGAUCAGUGAUUGGAAAAUUUGUGGGUUUGAAUCCUAUAAAACAAUUUCCUCAUUCUGCUGUCAGAGGUUUAACGAAUUAUCCAAAAGGUCAUAACUUUAAGCAUGAAUUCAUAAGAUGGAUGAAAGAUGAUUGUUCCUCUUAUGUUGGAAGAAUACCCAUUGAUGAUAAAUCUGUUUACUGGUUUGUAUCUCAAAAAUCAUCUCUUCUAGAUACUAAAACCUGGAAAGAUCAUGAUCAAGAACACAUAAGAGAGAACACAUUGGAAUUCCUAGUUGCCAAUAGAUUUCCUAAAGAGGUUUUGGAAAUGAUAAACAUGAGUGAGGUUGAUUCAAUUUCUUUCACUUGUAAUCUCAAAUACAGGGCGCCAUGGGAUUUGUUUUUUGGAAACUUUCGAAAAGGAACAGUUACGGUUGCGGGCGAUGCUUGGCAUGUGAUUGGUCCGUUUCUUGGACAAGGAGGAUCGGCUGGAUUGGAAGAUGCAAUUGUUUUGGCUAGGCGAUUGAGCCAAGCAAUUUUAGGAUGUGACGAUGAAAGGAAUGGAGAAACGGUGAUGAAGAGAGUGGGACAAGCCAUGGAUGGUUAUAUUAAAGAGAGGAGGAGACGGUUAUUGGGAUUAUCUACUCAAACGUAUCUUACUGGUAUUAUGAUCCAAGGUCCACAAAUUUUUAUUAAGGUUCUUAUUGUAUUUGCUAUGAUUGUUCUCUUUCGUGAUGAAGAGGGUCACUCCAAAUAUGAUUGUGGUCGGUUGUGACAAUAUCGAUAAUUGUUCUUAAAUUUAUCUCUAAGA